AACCAGCUGGCUACUGAUAUAUAACCUCUGAGUAAGCUGAUGCAACUGGAGGACGAGACUCAGCCCUGUUAAAGGAGCAGCGAAGGGAAGCGUCUAACGACAUCUACUUUAUCAUUUCAAACGAAUAAUUGGUAAAUAAAGAUGCCAGUGUUCCGUGCCUUGACUAAAGUUGCUAAGAAAGCCCUUCUGGCCCCUGGUUGUGGCUGCCAGGUUUCAGCAGUGGCUGUGCGUCAUGUCAGCUUCUCUCCACGUCAAGUGACCAGUGCAUCAGAUGCCAGCUUUCACUCGGUGUCCUUUUCUGAAACAGAUCAUCCAAAGGUCCUUAUCACAGGUGGCCUUGGGCAACUAGGUGUUGGGCUUGCCAAAUUGUUGAGGAAAAGGUUUGGAAAGAACAAUGUGAUCCUUUCAGAUAUCAGAAAACCGCCUACCCAUGUCUUUCACAGCGGCCCCUUUAUCUACUCUGACAUUUUGGACUAUAAGAACUUGCGAGAGAUUGUUGUCAACAACCGGAUCACUUGGUUGGUGCAUUACAGCGCUCUUCUCAGUGCUGUUGGGGAAGCUAAUGUGCCCCUGGCCCGGGCUGUCAACAUAACUGGUCUUCACAACAUCCUGGAUAUUGCUGCAGAGCAUGGGCUUCGACUGUUUGUUCCCAGCACAAUUGGUGCCUUUGGUCCAACUUCCCCCCGUAACCCGACUCCAGAUCUUUGUGUACAACGACCUCGUACCAUAUAUGGUGUCUCCAAGGUCCAUGCUGAGCUAAUGGGCGAGUACUACCAUCACAGAUAUAAUCUUGACUUCCGUUGCCUCCGCUACCCUGGGAUCAUCUCUGCGGAUUCCCAGCCUGGCGGUGGUACAACAGAUUAUGCUGUGCAGAUAUUCCAUGAUGCAGUCAAAACUGGCAAGUUUGAGUGUAACUUAAAGCCGGACACACGACUUCCUAUGAUGUACAUUGACGACUGCUUGCGGGCCACACUCGAGGUCAUGGAAGCCCCGGCUGAGACAUUGUCCAUGCGCACUUACAACAUCAAUGCCAUGAGCUUCACCCCUGAUGAACUGGCACAGGAGGUCCAGAAACAGCUGCCUGACCUUCAAGUCACAUACAGUAUUGACCCUGUACGGCAGGCAAUAGCUGACAGCUGGCCCAUGAACUUUGAUGACUCUAACGCCCGCAAUGACUGGAACUGGAAGCAUGACUACGACCUGCCAGAGCUGGUUCAGACGAUGCUCAAUUUCAUUGGUUCAGACUCCCAAGUUGCCCAAGCCAGCUGAAUCAUCGAAGAAAUUAGAGCUUGUACAUACAUAUUCUAAAGACUGAUAGUCUUGGAGAACAGAGAUCCCUGGUUUGUAAAUAAUUAUUUGCUCUCUGUCUCUCUCUGGAUUAUCUAGUGGAAAACAAAUACAGGGAUGUAUAUAAGCGAGAUAUUGCUCAAAUUAAAACAGAAGGUCAAUGCUUAAAUGCCCAGGACAUGUACUCCACUUGCAAAAACUUUAUUAACCUUAUUACAUUGAAAUCAUGCAAUUGCAAAGAUGAAAAAAUGUAAAUCACAUUGGGUUAGGCUUCAGUGUCACGGAAGCUAAGAAGCUUGAUUUCCUUUCAUUAGUAAAAGAAAUGAAAAAUGAAAAUGGAAUGAUGUUCAGUGGCAAGGCUAAAGGUUACCCAGUUAUAGAGCAAAAAGUUGACUUGCUGCACUGUUUAAUGAUUAUAGCUAGAUUAAUGACUAAAAUCUGCUAUCUGGAAUGUUACCAAUCAUCUACACAAGCAGGACAAUUUCACUUAUGAACAACCAAACAAAUAAUGCCCUACAAGCUAAUCAUUAACCAAGCAGUAAAAAAAACAAAAACAUAAUAUUUUUUAUAACGGAAGUAGCUAAUGUAGCUAGGUGAAAUCUAGCUAAGUGGAUUUUAUUAGGUAAUGUUUUAGAUAAGAUUAUUUAGAGCAAAGAAAGGAAUUACAUCACUAUUUACUACAUCAGUAAUAUCAACUAAACUAGUUACUAAACACAACUAGUGUUACAAGUGAUGAAUAGUAAAAAAAAAAUAGCUUAUCUUUGAGAGAUUACUUAUUAGAGAACUAAUUAAUUACUUUAUUGUGUAAUUACUGUAAUUUUCCCCCCAGAAGUUUCCCAACACUGUUAUUUCCAUUUACAUGUAAAGGAUAUGGCUAAAUGCCAAAGAAUUUGCAUGUAUGGCAUUUGGGAGACUCCCUUCAUUUCACUGUAAAUGAAAGGGUAUUACGUUUAUUAGUUUUUAUACAACUGAGCACUUGAGAGCACUUGAGGCUUUUCUCAAGGGCCCAGAAGGGGCAGAUUGACAGUGCUGAGGUUUGAACUCACAAGUAAGUCCAAAGCCUUAACCACUGAGCUACCAUUAGUAGUGUGUGUGUCUGUGUGUGCAUGUGUGUGCGUGCGAUGGAAGCAGGGGCCAGCAUAAGUAAUAUUAGCAUUUUCUCUCUCGCUUUUUUUUUUCUCUCUCAUUUUCCUCCAUCUUUCUUGUGCACUAUUUAUAUAUUUAUUUAGUUUUGCUGGCAAACAUAUGUGCUUUUUUUUUGUUCUUUAAUAGCUGUUACUUUAAUGCAUUUUUUAAAUUGUUAUUAGAUGAACAUUUUUCCAUAUAAAGGCUUAUCAUUUAUGUUUGUUAUGUUGUUUCCUUAUGAGCAGACCUGUUAAUCAUAACUUUUUAUACUUUCAAAUGUUAGGCAGCUUCUUUAUUUAGUAACAAGACUCCUCAUAUAUGUAAAAGGCAAAUUUCAGCAACUGCAUUGAAUACUCCUGAGGUGCUGCAAGAUUCAAGAACAAUAAAGAUUGACUUCUCAACACUGAAA